UCUGAGCAGCAAGGUCAAGAAUCCACGCUGCGUUUAUGUGAAUUCGGGCACCGAUCCCUGUUGUUAUCGUGCAUCACAGCAGGGCCUAGCGGUUUUCGUCUCUCCAAGCCCAUCCCUGACCAGUGACUUGGGCUGCCUGUGGUCAGCUGCCAUAGGCCGGCCGGCGGGGCGGGAGAGGGCACCCGGGUCAGCCACUGCCCCUCUGUGGAUGGACUUUGUCCCUUCUGCCUCCUGACCCGGGUCUAUUUAGAUCUCAGACACCUACCGCAGCCGGUAGGCAGGCAGAUUGGGUGGCACUACACAGGGACAGCUAACAGUGCAUCCCGAGUGACUGGCUUUCUGAAUCCUGCUCCACGCGACCAGCAGAGACAUGAAUUACUCACGGUUCCUCACUGCAACGAGCCUGGCCAGAAAGCCAUCUCCCAUCAGAACUACAGCGGACAUACUGAGCAAAGCACCAAAAACCCUCAUCUCCCUGGCUCCUGGAUCUCCAAACCCGAGCAUGUUCCCCUUUAAGUCAGCUGCCUUCACUGUGGAAAACGGAAGCACCAUCCGGUUUGAAGACGACUUGAUCAAAAGGGCCCUCCAAUACUCUCCAAGCUAUGGAAUUCCAGAACUUCUGUCCUGGCUAAAACAGUUUCAAGUAAAAUUGCAUAAUCCCCCCACUGUCAACUACCCACCCAAUCAAGGACAGAUGGAUCUCUGCAUCACAUCUGGCUGCCAAGAUGGUCUCUGUAAGGCAUUUGAAAUGCUCAUCAAUCCUGGAGACACUAUCCUGGUCAAUGAACCACUGUUUCCAGGAACCCUUUAUGCUAUGAAACCACUAGGCUGCAACAUUAUUAAUGUCCCCAGUGAUGAGCAUGGGAUUAUUCCAGAGGGUCUCAAAAAAAUCCUUUCCCAGUGGAAACCAGAAGAUUCCAAGGAUCCCACAAAAAAGACUCCAAAAUUUCUGUAUACUGUACCAAAUGGCAACAACCCUACAGGCAACUCCUUGACAGGUGACCGCAAGAAGGAAAUCUAUGAGCUUGCAAGAAAAUAUGAUUUCCUCAUAAUAGAAGAUGACCCUUACUAUUUUCUUCAGUUUAGCAAGCCUUGGGAGCCAACUUUUCUCUCCAUGGAUGUUGAUGGGAGAGUCAUCAGAGCUGACACCUUUUCAAAAACCGUCUCCUCAGGGUUGAGAGUAGGGUUUAUGACUGGCCCUAAGACCUUGAUACAGAAUAUUGUUCUCCACACACAAGUCUCAUCAGUACAUGCCUGUACUCUCUCACAGCUCAUGAUACUACAGCUUCUACACCAAUGGGGAGAAGAGGGUUUCCUGGCUCAUAUUGACAGAACUAUUGAUUUCUACAAGAACCAGAGGGAUUCCAUAUUGGCAGCUGCAGACAAGUGGUUACGUGGCUUGGCAGAGUGGCAUGUUCCCAAAGCUGGCAUGUUUCUAUGGAUUAAAGUUAAGGGAAUCUCCGAUACAAAACAACUGAUUGAAGAAAAGGCUAUUGAAAGAGAGGUCUUACUUGUUCCUGGAAAUGGUUUCUUCAUUGAUGGUUCAGCUCCUACCUCCUUCUUCAGAGCAUCCUUCUCUCUGGCUACUCCAGCACAGAUGGAUACAGUGAGUAUCCUCCUCCUACCUCCUUCAGAGCAUCCUUCUCUCUGGCUACUUCAGCACAGAUGGAUACAGCCUUCCAGAGAUUGGCCCAACUGAUAAAAGAGUCUUUAUGAAGAAAUCAAACUCAGCAUUGGACUCAUAAUUUUUAAAUAAAUUACUUCUGUACUUUGCAGAAGAAAUGGUUGUUGCUGUUUGACUGACAGGAUGGAUCCAGGUUGUGAAACAUCUGUAGCAAUUUCCCUGAACCACUUUAAAGUCCCCUUAAAUCCAUCACAUUGCCAAAUAGCUUUCUGAUCUACUUUUGCCCUUUGAUUAAUUUGCAACUGACAAAGCAUUAAAUUUUAUUGUAAAGAGCUCUAUAGCUGCUUUAUAAUAUCCAAUAAAUUUUUCUCAAAACUAA